AUGCGCACGUCAGCACUCGCCCUCGUCGCCGUCGCCGCUCUGACCCCUGCUCUCGUGGGCGGCGCGCCUUUCCCCGCACCAGGGACGUAUAACUCGGACAUCUCCACCCAGACCGACACCGGUGCUCCUCCAGAAGACCUGCCCGCCAGUCGCCUUCAUCCGUUCAUCGGAGUCAAGCAAACUCGACAGCCACAGCCUGACCAUGCGCCAUCGUUGUACCAGCACGCCAAGGUCGAGCCUAGACAAGCCGAUGGACUGGCAGCGCUUGCCGGUGACGCCGACAAGGAGACUUCGGGAGCAGUUGAUAAUGAUGCUAGCAGUGCCGUCGCGAAUGGCGGCCAGCUCGUCAAGCGCGUGAGCGACCUCGACACCCUCGGCGGAAAUGCACACACCGGGAACAGCGGCGAUGUCGAUGGCGGCGACGUUGUGAACAUGGCGGACAACUUCGGCAUGCCAACCUUUCUCAACAUGAACUCGAACAACGCAGGCACAGGCGGGGGCUCUGUGGGGGGUUGCGCUGUCGGCGGACACAGCACCAAGAAGGGUUACGGCGGCAACGCGUACGCUGGGACCCCCGGACAGGCGAUGGGUGGGAACGUCUGGAACUCGGGAGGUAUGAUGAACGUGGAUUCAAACAACGCUGGUGCUGCCGGUCUGAGUAAGACUGGUUGUGCCUAUGCAGGCAACGUGACCGAGGCCAACCCCAUCACUGCCCCGCAGACGUAG